AUGGAUUAUGAUUCCUUAUAUAAAUUAAUUCCAAAAGAACCAAAAAAGUGGUUAACUUAAGAUGUAGUAAAUUGGUUGAAAUUUAUAGGUCUUGGAUAAAUGGAAUCUAAAUUCGGUAUUAAUUACAUACUAAAAUUAGUUGAAAGUUCUGUAGAUGGUUCAGUACUAGAAGACUUGACUGAAAAGGAUCUGGAGGAAGAAUUAGGUGUCACUCAAAGAAUUAUUAAAAAAAAAUUGUUAAAUUGUAUGAUUUCUUAAAAACAAUUAGGGGUAAAUCAUGGGUUGAAUGAAUAUAACAAUUAUUUAAAGCAGCUUAAACAGUAAAGUCUUAAUAACAAACGAUAAUAGGAUGAAGAUUUUACUAUUCAAAAAAAUAAUCAAUUUUAGUAGUUACUUGAAAAUUAGGAAAAUAAUAAUAAUCAUCUUGAUUAAUUUCCUUGUUAAAAUGUUAGAAUUGAAGAUUAGGCUGUAAAAUAGGAAAUAAAAACAAAUAAUAAAUUUGAGCACUAAUUAAUAUUAUAACCAACUGAAGGUUAAUUAUCCAACUUUUAUUGUGUAAGAGAAAUAGGGGCAAAAAUAGGAAGGCAUUCUAGCAAUUAGAUACUAAUUUUAGAAGAAAACAUCAGUAGAUUUCAUGCAGAAAUUAUUUUUAAAGAUCAAAUAGUAUCUUUUUUAUUUCAAUUUUAGUUUGCUCUUAAAGAUGUUGGAAGUACAACAGGAACAUUUAUAAAGAUUGGUAAAAGUCUUAAUUUAUUAUCUGGCAUGCUUAUUGAAUUAGGCAGCAAUCAAUUUUAGGUAUUACGAAUUGAUCAAGUAGAUAAAGGAGGACUUGAAGUAAUUUAAUAGUUAAUAUCCAAAGGUUUCUUUGUAAGUUAUUGAAGGACCAAAUGCAGAAGAUACAAUUGUUUUCUAGUUAAAUAAAGACAAGCCCUCUGUUACAUUAGGUAGAAAAUCUACUGUAGAUAUUUCAUUUCCAGAAGAUCAUCAUCUAUCAAAUUAACAUGCUAAGUUUUAUUUAUUAGAUUCUAUUGUAUAACUAGAAGAUCAUGGAUCAACAAACGGGUAUUAUAAUAAUUAAUUUUUAAGUUCUUGGUUGAGAUUGUCAGGAGAGGGAAAAAUGAGUAAUUUGUUUUAUUUAGAACAAGCUGAGGAAACUGUGAUAAGGAUUGGGACAACAAAUUAAUACAUAUGCUAAUAGAAUAAGAUGAAGGUAAGUGAAAUACAAGGAGAUAAUUAAUGUAUAAUUUGUGUUGAAAAGGAGAGAGAUUGCUUAAUCUUGCCCUGUAAACACAAUGCAACUUGUUUAAAAUGUAGUAAGAAUCUAGCAGUUUGUCCGUUGUGUAGAGUUAAAAUCUAAGAAACUAUAAGAAUUUAUAAAAAUUGA